CUCUCUGCUGGUGCUUUCUCGUAGAAUAGUUAGUGCAUUUGUUUGGUGACCUUUAACCAUUAGCUGCUGCAGAGAGUAGAUCCCUCGGUGCUGGGACUGGAGAGAUAUUGCCCUUCCAGCCGUUCUGGGGGAGACAAACCACUCCAUGUGUCAGAGCUGAAUGGCUUUGAGAUCCCAAAGGCAGUAAUGGUGCUGGCCCUGCAGAGGUCAGUGCAUGCCAGAGAACGGGCUGCUGGGGAGAAGGAGCACUAGGCAAGCUUGUGCUGAACAGCUUGUUGGAGCAGAACUGGUGUCGAAUUCUGAGCACUCGGGCAGGGGCUGUCCUCUGAGUGCAUACAGUGCCUAGCACAUCAGGGCACUCCUGGUAAACAAAGUGUUAUACCACUAACCCCCUUCUCCAUUUCUCUGUCCCCUGCUGCCUGCCUGAAAAUCCCUGUACUGUUGGGAGGAAGAGAACCUGAAGAUGUUCCUAGGAGUUCCUUCGGCAAGGGGGAUAGAUCAGUAAGAAUCCCAGGCCUACAGCACUUUAAGCAAACAUCAUGACUUUCGUGAUCUUCUGGCGAAGGGACUGCUUGAUCUCCGCCUCCAGCCGCUACCACCUGAUGGCGAUGUCCCUGGCCGACACUGUGGUUCUCGUUCUUAUUGUUCUCGUUGAGAUGAUCCUGAAAUGCUACAGCACAGAGCCAUUCUGGUACCGGGACCCCUGGUGCACCCUUCGGGAUGUCUUCAAUUACGGUGCGGUCAACGCCUCCGUCUGGCUGGUGGUCUCCUUCACCAUCGAGCGCUUUGUGGCUAUCAACACCUUCAAGCUGAAGGCAAAGCUGCGCUCCCCGAGACGCACACUCUACACAAUCGCCUUGGUUCACAUCUGCAGCUACCUAGUGGCUAUCCCGUAUUAUUGGUCCAACAGAUCAGAAAGGGUGAAUGGGACGGGGCGGGCGGUCUGCAAGUUUAAUCCUGACCUUCCCAACUCUUACAUCGAAGGGCUGGUUUGGUUUCAGGCCUCACUGGUCAACAUUGUCCCUUAUAUCAUCAUCUUCACCUUGAACAGCCUGACCCUCAGGCAGAUCGUCCUCAGUAACAAAGUGCACUGUGUGAUGGCCGGAGGGCUCCACCGAGUGAACUCUGGGACCCAAUUCAGGUACCAGAAGAAGAAAUCCAUCCGCCUCCUUGUGACUGUCUCGAUGAUGUUCGCUUAUCUGGGCGCCACUAGGUUCGUCACGCAGAUUAUUCUCCGGACCUGCCAUUACGACAUAGAGAGACAAGAUUACUCCAAGGCCAUUAACAUUGCGGUGGACCUUGGCACUAUGCUGGAACUGACCAACUCAGCUGUGAACAUGUAUCUCUAUGCCUGCACCCAGACUGCCUUCCGCAGGGAGCUAGUCCAUUGCCUCAAGGCUCUCCUCUUUCCCUGCAAAGCACAGAGAACGCACCCAUCAGCCAUCUUCCAGAUCAGUCCUAAGUGAAGUAAAAAAUACAGGCUUCAUGUUGUGCGGAGGGUUCUCGGACUCCAUUUUAACAGAGAGCUUGCCAUCCGAUCUAAUAGGGACCGGGGCCGGAUCGGAUCAUCAAAAAUUUGGAUAAUCCAGAGAAUGGGAAAGUGUGAGACUGCAGCGCCAUCUAGUGGCCACAGGGGAGCUCACCUACUUCUGGAGCUGCGUGUUCUGGUUGUUCGGUUGAGAGUGGCUGGAUAACGGAGGGUCGGAUAAACGGGAUUCUACUGUAUUCCCUUCGCAGCCAGAUGAGCAUUUCUUCUGUAUCUCUGAUUUUUAAGAGCAGGUUGGACAAACAUCUGUCAGGGAUGGUCUAGAUAAUAUUUAGUCCUGCCACGAGUGCAGGCGACUGGACUUGAUGACAUCUCGAGGUCCCUUCCAGUCCUGCAAUUCUAUGAGUGUUACCAUAUUGCCUCUUGUGGGCAUAUUCCCAGCGUGUAGUGGGUGCCUACCUGCUGCUGCUGCCAUCAGCUGUAGUUAUUACUGUGCCAGGUCUGAAGCAGAGCUCUUUCACAUCUGAGUCUAGCCGCGGUUGCCGGGCUGUGUUCUGGGACGUUAAGCGCUGUACUGGAGGGUGAUUUUUUUGGUAGCAUGUAGAUAAAUACUGAAUUAGAUGCUGAUGCUGCAGAUUUUCCCACAGAGGCAACAAUUCUCACGUCUUUGUUUGGAGUCACCCGUAGAGCCCCCUUCCUCAGUGUUCGCUGCCUUACUCCACGAGCAAUCAGUGGGCUCCUUUGGCGGCAGCAGCCUGGCUACCCUGCAAGGUCUGGUUUGCUCAAGAGACAGUUGCUCCUUUCCGAGUCCGCCUGGACCAGAAUGACCCGGGGGAAGGCAGCAGCAAGUGCACAGUGUUUUGGCACCUCGGGCUGGCUGAGUCCCAGGAGGGUGUGAGGUGAAGCAGCAAAGAGACUCAGCCGCUGGUUGGAGUAAAAGAUCUGAUUUGGUUUCGUUCAGAACCCGUUUCCAGGUCUGUUUCUACCGAAGCAGCCCCCUGCCCUGCGAACAGUCACCUGUUCUGGCUCCAGUGUGUGGAGACGAUGGUGCUUGGAUAAUGAGCUCGACUUUAGGUUCAGAGUCAAGGCUAAGUUCUCCAGCCAGGGCUAGCUGCUGCAGCCCUUGUGCUCCACUCCCUGGCUUUUCUCACCCGUUUCUCUGUCCAGCUGCCCAUCAGAUUUCGUAACAUUUACAUUAAGGAAUGUUCCUUGCGGGGCCACCAAGCUCUAGUGAGCUGGAGUCGACCUAGGUUCAGUGACUGGUGAAUCGGGCUCAUGUUUAUUUAUGUAACUGUAGGAAAAAGCCGGUGUUUGCCCAGCGGCUUUGAACGAGGGCAGAGCGGCCGGGCAGCAGCAGGAACAGGACGUGUGACUUUAUCUGGUGCCAACGCCCAGGCCAGCGCUGGGACGCCACUUCUGAGAUUCAGCUCCCUGCCCAGUCUAAGUCUCCAGCCCUGCCCUGUGAUGCUGAGCCGAGGCAGCAGGCAGGAGAGCCGAGUGCUGUGGACAAAGGGCUGCAGAGCUGGACGCCAUCCCUCAGCAGGCUGGGGUAGGGCUGGCCCUGCCCAUGCCCUACUGUCCAGCCUCGUUCCCAGCCCAUCGCAGUGGGCCCUGUGGACUGGCCCCAGCCUCCAUGACGCAAUGUGUCAGCUGCUGGGGCUCCCCCACAUUCCAGAUUCAGCAAUUGCCCUGGAAUUCAGCAGCCAUUCGCCUCUCCUGUGCUCCACCCCAGGCCUCCUGGCUCUGCCCCUUGGGCUGCCUUCCAUCCGCCCUCUGCUCCGGGCCAGCCACCCGCUUGUUGCAUUCUCCCCCCGGCCCUUCGGCCAAGCCUACAGGGCAUAGCUAGUGCCUAACAUUUCUCCUUCCUCACUCAGCUCCACCUCCUCUGGCGGUGUCCUGCCGCUGAAGGGUCUAGACCAGCAGAGGGGCGUCCAGAGAACGGGCUGGGGCCUGAGGAGCCAAAUUCUCCCCAGCAGUGUGGCAGGGUGCCUGGCUCCCCUGUGGCACAGCUCCCGUUAGGGCUAACCCUGCAGGGACAUGUUGUUAGCCAGGAGAGAGAGGCUGUUUGCGUUGCUGCUCUGCCAGCAGCUCAAUUUCCUGGGAGGGUGAAAGCCCUCAGGCAGCUCCCACGCCCAGCCAUGCCUGUGAGCACACACAGUGCAGGCUGGUGAGCCCCAGACAGUGCUAGGGGCUGGAGGGGAGGGGAGCGGGGACAAGGAAGGUGAGAGAAAGGGAGUGAAUGAAGGGAGGAGUGGAAGGGCAGAGGGGGGAGGUGAGGCAAGCAG